ACAUGCGCACCGCCUCUCCAUCAGUGCGUGUGCACGAGUGUCCGCAAAGCCGCUGUUGCUCCUCUCCGCGCGCAGUACCAUCCAAAAACUUUGAUGAGCUGUAACCUUCCCCAAGGAAACAAAACAACCCGGACUGAGUACAUACAAACAUAUAUAUUUUACAGGUUGCGUCCGCUUAUUUGGGUCUAUCAAGGUGUGAAAAUGGAAAGCACUCCGGUUGAAUUUUUCAAAGAAGACAAUAAGUGCUUUUCUGCGCUGUUGGAAGACUGUCCGGUGAAUUCUUCAGCCUGGGUGUCCGGAUACUCCGAGAGCCGCAAUAUGACCCACGAUGAUAACUGGGAGCCGGAGGGCAUGUCUCCCAUCAUCCCCAUCAUCACUGCAGUCUACUCCGUGGUGUUUGUGGUCGGCUUGUUGGGCAACUGCCUCGUCAUGUAUGUGAUCAUCAGGUACACAAAGAUGAAGACAGCCACCAACAUUUACAUUUUCAACUUAGCCCUUGCUGAUGCCCUCGUCACCACCACAAUGCCUUUCCAGAGCACAGACUACCUGUUGAAUACCUGGCCCUUUGGUGAGGUGGUCUGCAAGGUCUUCAUCUCCAUCGACUACUACAACAUGUUCAUUAGUAUCUUCACCCUCACCAUGAUGAGUGUGGAUCGCUAUGUGGCUGUGUGCCACCCGGUGAAAGCCCUGGACUUCCGCACUCCGAUCAAAGCCAAGAUGAUCAACGUGUGCAUCUGGAUCCUGUCCUCAGCUGCAGGGAUACCUGCUUUUAUCCUGGGUGGCACUCAGACGAAAAGUGACAUAACUGAGUGUGCCUUACAGUUCCCAGAGCCGUACGUGUACUGGGACACACUGAUGAAGAUAUGUGUGUUUGUCUUUGCCUUUGUCGUGCCUGUGCUCAUCAUCACCGUGUGCUACUCUCUCAUGGUCCUGAGGCUGAAGAGCGUCCGAAUGUUGUCCGGUACGCGAGAAAAAGACCGCAACCUGCGGCGGAUCACGCGGCUGGUGGUGGUCGUUGUGGCUGUGUUUGUAGUCUGCUGGACUCCCAUUCACAUUUUUAUCCUGGUCAAGGCACUGGUGAGCAUACCUGAAACCACCGGCAUCAUGGCCGCCUACUUCUUCUGCGUGGCUCUGGGCUACACAAACAGUAGCCUGAACCCUGUCCUGUAUGCCUUUCUGGAUGAGAACUUCAAACGCUGCUUCAAAGACUUCUGCCUCACAGCCGAACUGAAUGGGGAGAAGGUGUCAGGAAGCAAGAAGACCCCCAGCAGUGUCCGUGAGGCCGCUGUUGCCCUGGAGAACUCAGAUGGGACUAGAAAGCCGACAUGACUAGCAGUGGAACUGUCUUCAAUUUCCCACAUUGGAAAAGAAGACUCACAUGACCUAGGCCUAACCCACGUCACAUCUGAAAUGUAGUUUUGACUCUAUUGCAGAAUUCAUUUGUAUUAUCACUUGGGGUUUAAUCAGUGCCACCAUUUAUAUGAUUUAAUUUUAACAGAUCAAAUUAAUUAUAAGUUGUGUUCCACUUUGAUUAUUUUUUCCCCUCAUGGCAGUUGUUAUAAAGAUUGCAUAUUUACUGUAAGUGGAUGUGAAAUUGAAGAUAAUUUGGUUUAAGCAAGUAAAAAGGCCAGUUUGUCUUUAUUUGUCUUUGAUUUUCAAACCAUUCUCUGUCCUGCUAGAGAGUAUAUUAUUAAGAAAGAACUGAACUUAUUAAUAAAGACUAUAAGUCAGUAUAGGCGA